AUGGACUGUCAAACUCAACAGGCUCUGAAGGACCCACAGCUUAAGACUCACCUCCAGUUCAUUUCUUUCAGGUGUGACCCAGGAUUUUCUGGCCCAGCUUGUGAGAUGGCAUCCCAGACAUUCCCGAUGUUUAUUUCUGAAAGCUUUGGCAGCUCCAGGCUUUCCUCUUACCAUAACUUUUACUCUAUCCGUGGUGCUGAAGUCAGCUUUGGUUGUGGUGUCUUAGCCAGUGGUAAGGCCCUGGUUUUCAACAAAGAUGGGAGGCGGCAGCUAAUCACAUCCUUUCUGGACAGCUCACAGUCUCGGUUUCUCCAGUUCACACUGCGGCUGGGGAGCAGGUCUGUUCUGAGCACGUGCAGGGCACCUGACCAGCCUGGGGAAGGAGUUCUAUUGCAUUAUUCUUAUGACAAUGGGAUAACAUGGAAACUUCUGGAGCACUAUUCAUAUCUCAGCUAUCAUGAGCCCAGAAUAAUCUCUGUAGAACUACCAGAUGAUGCGAGACAGUUUGGAAUCCAGUUCAGAUGGUGGCAGCCAUACCAUUCUUCCCAAGGAGAAGAUGUGUGGGCUAUUGAUGAGAUUGUCAUGACCUCUGUCCUGUUCAACAGCAUCAGUCUUGACUUUGCCAAUCUUGUGGAAGUCACUCAGUCUCUGGGAUUCUACCUUGGAAAUGUUCAGCCAUACUGUGGCCAUGACUGGACACUUUGUUUUACGGGAGAUUCUAAACUUGCCUCAAGCAUGCGCUAUGUGGAAACACAGUCAAUGCAGAUCGGAGCAUCCUAUAUGAUUCAGUUCAGCCUGGUGAUGGGAUGUGGCCAGAAAUACACUCCUCACAUGGACAACCAGGUGAAGCUGGAGUAUUCAGCCAACCACGGCCUUACAUGGCACCUUGUACAAGAAGAAUGCCUUCCCAGUAUGCCAAGUUGCCAGGAAUUUACAUCUGCCAGCAUUUACCAUGCCAGUGAGUUCACACAGUGGAGGAGAGUCAUUGUUCUUCUUCCCCAGAAGACCUGGUCCAGUGCCACCCGCUUCCGCUGGAGCCAGAGCUAUUACACAGCCCCGGAUGAGUGGGCGUUAGACAGCAUUUACAUCGGGCAGCAGUGCCCCAACAUGUGCAGUGGGCAUGGCUCGUGCGACCAUGGCUUGUGCAGGUGUGACCAGGGAUACCAAGGAACUGAAUGCUACCCAGAAGCUGCACUUCCUUCCACAAUUAUGUCAGAUUUUGAGAACCCAAACGGUUGGGAAUCUGACUGGCAAGAAGUUAUUGGGGGAGAAAUUGUAAAGCCAGAGCAAGGCUGUGGGGUCAUUUCUUCUGGAUCUUCCCUAUACUUCAGCAAGGCUGGGAAAAGACAGCUGGUGAGCUGGGAUCUGGACACGUCUUGGGUGGACUUUGUCCAGUUCUACAUCCAGAUAGGCGACGAGAGUGCUUCAUGCAACAAGCCUGACAGCAGAGAGGAGGGCGUCCUCCUCCAGUACAGCAACAAUGGGGGCAUCCAGUGGCACCUGCUGGCAGAGAUGUACUUCUCGGACUUCAGCAAACCCAGGUUUGUCUAUCUGGAGCUCCCAGCAGCUGCGAAGACCCCCUGCACCAGGUUUCGCUGGUGGCAGCCUGUGUUCUCGGGGGAGGACUAUGACCAGUGGGCAGUCGACGACAUCAUCAUCCUGUCAGAGAAGCAGAAGCAGGUUAUCCCAGUGGUCAACCCAACUUUGCCCCAGAACUUUUAUGAGAAGCCAGCUUUUGAUUACCCUAUGAAUCAAAUGAGUGUGUGGUUGAUGUUGGCCAACGAAGGGAUGGCUAAAAACGAUAGUUUCUGUGCUGCUACACCUUCAGCCAUGGUGUUUGGAAAGUCAGAUGGAGACCGAUUUGCAGUUACGCGAGAUCUGACCCUGAAACCUGGAUAUGUGCUCCAGUUCAAGUUGAACAUAGGGUGUGCCAGCCAGUUCAGCAGCACUGCCCCAGUUCUCCUUCAAUACUCACACGAUGCUGGCAUGUCCUGGUUUCUGGUGAAGGAAGGAUGUUUUCCAGCUUCAGUAGGCAAAGGAUGUGAAGGGAACUCCCGAGAAUUGAGUGAGCCCACCGUCUAUUAUACUGGGGACUUUGAAGAAUGGACAAGAAUCACCAUUGCUAUUCCAAGGUCCCUUGCAUCCAGCAAGACCAGAUUCCGAUGGAUCCAAGAGAGCAGCUCUCAGAAGAACGUGCCUCCCUUCGGCUUGGAUGGAGUGUACAUAUCUGAACCUUGCCCCAGCUCCUGCAGUGGCCACGGAGACUGCAUCUCGGGUGUGUGUUUCUGUGACCUGGGAUACACAGCUGCACAAGGAACCUGUGUAUCAGACAUCCCUAACCACAGUGAGAUGUUCGAUCGGUUUGAAGGGAAGCUAAGCCCGCUGUGGUACAAGAUAACAGGAGGUCAGGUUGGGACUGGCUGUGGGACACUCAAUGAUGGCAGGUCCCUCUACUUCAAUGGCCUAGGGAAACGGGAAGCCAGGACUGUCCCACUGGACACCAGGAAUAUCAGACUUGUUCAGUUUUAUAUACAAAUUGGAAGUAAAACAUCAGGUAUUACGUGUAUCAAACCACGGGCUAGAAAUGAGGGGCUUGUUGUUCAGUAUUCAAAUGACAAUGGGAUAAUCUGGCAUUUGCUGCGGGAGUUGGAUUUCAUGUCGUUUCUGGAGCCACAGAUCAUUUCCAUUGACCUGCCACGAGAAGCGAAGACACCUGCCACAGCUUUCCGGUGGUGGCAGCCGCAGCACGGGAAGCAUUCAGCCCAGUGGGCUUUGGAUGAUGUCCUUAUAGGAGUGAAUGACAGCUCUCAAACUGGAUUCCAAGAUAAAUUUGAUGGCUCUAUAGACUUGCAAGCCAAUUGGUAUCGAAUCCAAGGAGGCCAAGUUGAUAUUGACUGUCUCUCUAUGGACACUGCCCUGAUAUUCACUGAAAACAUAGGAAAACCUCGGUAUGCUGAGACCUGGGAUUUUCAUGUGUCACCAUCAAGCUUCUUACAGUUUGAAAUGAGCAUGGGCUGCAGCAAGCCCUUCAGCAGCACCCACAGUAUACAGCUCCAGUAUUCUCUGAACAACGGCAAGGACUGGCAUCUUGUCACCGAAGAGUGUGUCCCUCCAACCAUUGGCUGUCUGCACUACACAGAAAGUUCAAUUUACACCUCAGAAAGAUUCCAGAACUGGAGGCGGGUCACAGUCUACCUCCCACUCUCCACCAAUUCUCCCAGGACACGGUUCAGAUGGAUUCAGGCCAACUACACCACAGGAGCAGAUUCCUGGACUAUUGAUAAUGUUGUACUGGCCUCAGGGUGUCCUUGGAUGUGCUCAGGACGAGGGAUUUGUGAUGCUGGACGCUGUGUAUGUGACCGGGGCUUUGGUGGGCCCUAUUGUGUUCCUGUCGCUCCCCUCCCCUCCAUUCUGAAAGACGACUUCAAUGGGAACUUGCACCCUGACCUUUGGCCUGAAGUGUAUGGUGCAGAGAGGGGGAACCUGAAUGGUGAGACCAUCAAAUCCGGAACAUCUCUGAUUUUUAAAGGGGAGGGACUAAGAAUGCUUAUUUCAAGAGACCUAGAUUGCACCAAUACUAUGUAUGUCCAGUUUUCACUCAGAUUUAUAGCAAAAGGUACUCCAGAGAGGUCUCACUCCAUCCUGUUACAGUUCUCUGUCAAUGGAGGAAUCACCUGGCACCUGAUGGAUGAGUUCUACUUCCCUCAGACGACCAGUACACUUUUCAUUAAUGUUCCCUUGCCGUAUAGCGCCCAGACCAACGCUACAAGAUUCAGACUCUGGCAACCAUAUAGCAAUGGUAAGAAAGAGGAAAUCUGGAUUGUUGAUGACUUCAUUGUUGAUGGAAAUAAUUUGAACAACCCUGUGAUGCUUCUGGAUACGUUCGACUUUGGGCCCAGAGAAGACAACUGGUUUUUCUACCCGGGUGGUAACAUCGGUCUUUACUGUCCGUAUUCUUCAAAGGGAGCUCCUGAGGAAGAUUCAGCCAUGGUGUUUGUUUCCAAUGAAGUUGGUGAGCACUCCAUUACCACCCGUGACCUAAGUGUAAAUGAGAACACCAUCAUUCAGUUUGAGAUCAAUGUUGGAUGCUCCACGGAUAGCUCAUCUGCUGAUUCAGUCAGACUGGAGUUUUCAAGGGACUUCGGAGCCACCUGGCACCUGCUGCUACCCCUCUGCUACCACAGCAGCAGCCAUGUCAGCUCCUUGUGCUCCACGGAGCACCACCCUAGCAGCACCUACUACGCAGGGACCACCCAGGGCUGGAGGAGGGAGGUCGUGCACUUCGGGAAGCUGCAUCUUUGCGGAUCUGUGCGUUUCCGAUGGUACCAGGGCUUUUAUCCUGCCGGCUCGCAGCCAGUCACGUGGGCCAUCGAUAAUGUCUACAUUGGUCCCCAGUGUGAAGACAUGUGCAGCGGGCAUGGGAGCUGCAUCAAUGGAACCAGGUGCAUCUGUGACCCAGGCUACUCUGGUCCCACCUGUAAAAUAAGCACCAAAAAUCCUGAUUUUCUCAAAGAUGAUUUUGAAGGUCAACUGGAAUCUGAUAGAUUCUUAUUAAUGAGUGGUGGGAAGCCUUCUCGGAAGUGUGGGAUACUUUCCAGUGGGAACAACCUCUUUUUCAACGAAGAUGGCUUGCGCAUGCUGGUGACUCGGGACCUGGAUUUAUCACAUGCUAGAUUUGUGCAGUUCUUCGUGAGACUGGGAUGUGGUAAAGGUGUUCCAGACCCCAGGAGCCAGCCAGUGCUUCUGCAGUAUUCUCUCAAUGGUGGCCUCUCCUGGAGUCUUCUUCAAGAGUUCCUUUUCAGCAACUCCAGCAAUGUGGGCAGGUACAUUGCCCUGGAAAUGCCCCUGAAAGCCCGUUCUGGUUCUACACGCCUCCGCUGGUGGCAGCCAUCUGAAAAUGGACACUUCUAUAGCCCCUGGGUGAUCGACCAGAUUCUUAUUGGAGGAAAUAUCUCUGGUAAUACAGUCUUAGAAGAUGAUUUCUCAACUCUGGACAGCAGAAAGUGGCUGCUUCAUCCAGGAGGCACCAAGAUGCCUGUGUGCGGCUCCACAGGCGACGCCCUGGUCUUCAUUGAAAAGGCCAGCACCCGCUAUGUGGUCACCACAGACAUUGCUGUGAACGAAGACUCAUUCCUACAGCUAGAUUUUGCUGCCUCCUGCUCAGUCACAGACUCUUGCUAUGCUAUCGAACUAGAGUACUCGGUGGAUCUCGGGCUGUCGUGGCACCCGCUGGUGAGGGACUGCCUGCCCACCAACGUUGAGUGCAGCCGCUAUCACCUACAGCGGAUCCUGGUGUCAGAUACUUUCAACAAAUGGACCAGAAUCACUCUGCCCCUCCCUCCUUAUACCAGGUCUCAAGCCACUCGUUUCCGCUGGCACCAACCAGCACCUUUCGACAAGCAGCAGACAUGGGCAAUAGAUAAUGUCUAUAUUGGGGACGGCUGUCUAGACAUGUGCAGUGGCCAUGGGAGGUGCAUCCAGGGAAGCUGUGUCUGUGAUGAGCAGUGGGGAGGCCUGUACUGUGAUGAGCCUGAGACCUCCCUCCCAAUCCAGCUCAAAGACAACUUCAAUCGAGCUCCCUCCAGCCAGAACUGGCUGACUGUGAACGGUGGGAAACUGAGCACUGUGUGUGGAGCUGUGGCUUCGGGACUGGCUCUGCAUUUCAGUGGGGGCUGUAGCCGAUUGCUGGUCACUGUGGAUCUAAACCUCACUAGUGCCGAGUUUAUCCAGUUCUACUUCAUGUAUGGAUGCCUCAUUACACCAAGCAACCGUAACCAAGGGGUCCUCUUGGAAUACUCCGUCAAUGGGGGCAUCACCUGGAACUUGCUGAUGGAGAUUUUCUAUGAUCAGUACAGCAAGCCUGGAUUCGUGAAUAUCCUUCUCCCUCCUGAUGCUAAAGAGAUUGCUACUCGCUUCCGUUGGUGGCAGCCACGACAUGAUGGCCUAGACCAGAAUGACUGGGCCAUUGACAAUGUCCUCAUCUCAGGCUCUGCGGACCAGAGGACAGUCAUGCUGGACACAUUCAGCAGUGCCCCAGUGCCCCAGCAUGAGCGCUCCCCUGCAGAUGCUGGCCCUGUUGGGAGAAUUGCUUUUGACAUGUUCAUGGAGGACAAAACUUCAGUGAAUGAGAAUUGGCUAUUCCAUGAUGACUGUACAGUGGAAAGAUUUUGUGACUCCCCUGAUGGAGUCAUGAUUUGUGGCAGCCAUGAUGGACGAGAAGUGUAUGCAGUGACCCAUGACCUGACUCCCACUGAAGACUGGAUCAUGCAAUUCAAGAUCUCUGUUGGAUGUAAAGUGCCUGAAAAAAUUGCCCAGAAUCAAAUUCAUGUGCAGUAUUCUACUGACUUUGGUGUGAGCUGGAACUAUCUCGUCCCUCAGUGCUUACCUGCUGAUCCAAAAUGCUCUGGAAGUGUUUCACAGCCAUCUGUGUUCUUUCCAACUAAAGGGUGGAAAAGGAUCACCUACCCACUUCCUGAAAGCUUAGUGGGAAACCCUGUAAGAUUUAGGUUCUACCAAAAGUACUCAGAUGUGCAGUGGGCAAUUGACAAUUUCUACCUUGGCCCUGGAUGCUUGGACAACUGCCGAGGCCAUGGAGACUGCCUAAAGGAACAGUGCGUCUGUGACCCAGGGUACUCAGGGCCAAACUGCUACUUAACUCACACGCUGAAGGUACUGCUGGACCCUUCGCUUACAGGCUGCCUUAUGACCAGUUUUCAUACAUGA